AUGGACACAGCGGGAUUCACCGAAACCCAGCUCACCGUCCGGCAGGCAGUCAGCCGAAUCUGCUCCCGCUUCCCCAACACCUACUGGCAGCGCCUCGACCAAGAAGAGCAAGACCCCGCGGACUUCCACGCGGCCCUCGCCCGAGACGGCUGGCUGGGCAUCGCCCUCCCGGAGCCCCUCGGCGGCUCCGGCCUGGGCAUCUCCGAGGCCACCGUCAUGAUGCAGGCGAUUGCCGAGUCCGGGGCCGGCAUGGCGGGCGCGCAGGCCGUCCACGCAAACGUCUACGCGACGCAGCCGCUGGCCAAGUUUGGCACCGAGGAGCAGCUGCGGGAGACGAUCCCGGGCAUCAUCUCGGGCAGGUGGCGGACGUGCUUUGGGGUGACGGAGCCCAACGCCGGGCUGGACACGCUGCGGCUGGCGACGACGGCGAGGCGCGAGGGCGCCGAGUAUGUCGUUUCGGGGCAGAAGAUUUGGACGACGUGCGGCCAGGUGGCGUCCAAGAUGAUGCUGCUUGCGAGGACGACGGCCCGGGCUGUGGAUGCUAAUGAGGUCUUCUUUGACGGCUACCGCAUCCCCUCGAGUGCGCUCAUCGGUGAGGAGGGCAAGGGAUUCGAGAUUGUGCUGCACGGCAUGAACGCCGAGCGAUGCCUGCUAGCCGGCGAGGCUCUGGGUCUGGGCUACGCGGCGCUGUCCCGAGCAGCAUCAUAUGCCCGCGAGAGGAUCGUCUUCCAGCGGCCCAUUGGCAUGAACCAGGGCGUCGCGCAUCCCCUGGCCGACGCCUACAUGCACCUCGAGGCGGCCAAGCUGGCGACGUACCACGCGGCGAGGCUCUACGACGCCAGCAAGACGGACGUUGGCAUCACGCAAAAGGCCGUGGGCGUGGCGGCCAACAGCGCAAAGUAUCUCGCUGCCGAGGCGGCCUUUUCGGCGUGCGAGAGGGCCGUCUUGACGCACGGGGGGAUGGGAUACGCGGCCGAGUACGACGUCGAGAGGUGGUUCAGGGAGUGUCUGGUGCCGCGGAUUGCGCCGGUGAGCCGGGAGAUGAUUUUGAAUUAUGUGGGGGAGAAGGCGCUGGGGCUACCCAGGAGUUAUUGA